CAAAAACAAAUAUCUCUCUUUUUUAGCGAUCAUAUCCUUCCUCGUGUUAGAAUCGUGUGAGUUGUGGUGAGUAGUAUUCUUAAAUAAAGUGUUUCCAACUAUUAAUCUAAAUUAACUUUUAUUAAAUUUCAAUAUCUUUCAUCUGUUAUUUUAUGCUUAAUAACCAGCACAAUGGGUAAAAUAAUGAAAUCUGGUAAAAUAGUGCUAGUGUUAUCUGGAAGGUACGCUGGCAGAAAAGCAGUUGUAAUGAAGACUUAUGAUGAAGGAACAUCAGAAAGACAAUAUGGUCACGCACUAGUUGCAGGUAUUGACCGAUACCCUCGAAAAGUCACUAAACGUAUGUCUCAAGAAAAAUUGAAAAAAAGGUCUAAAAUUAAACCUUUCUUAAAAGUGCUUAAUUAUAAUCAUUUAAUGCCAACAAGGUAUUCUGUACAAGAUGUGACAGUAGAUAAAGUAUCACCUAAAGAUUUAAAAGAUCCAAUGAUGAAAAAGAAAUACCGUUUUCAAACCAGAGUUAAAUUUGAAGAAAAAUUCAAGGCUGGUAAAAAUAAAUGGUUUUUCCAAAAGCUAAGGUUCUAGUUUUCAUUAUGUAAGAUGUAUCUUUUUAUUGGAUAAUAAAAAAAAAAAGCCAAAA